AACAAUGUUUUGGCACAGAAUGACGCAGCCUCGCGGGGGGCGUUCACCGUUCUCGAGCACAGUGCAAGAUCUGAUCAGUCUGAAGGAAACAAUGUAGCCUAACUUUCCCUUUUCCUGGCUGGCGGAGAAACAGUUACAAAAUAAACUAAAUAAAACUGGCCCGCGAGUGAUAACCCACCUCCCCAUUUUUUAUUACAAAAUAAAACAUAGGAUUUUGUUUAUGUAAAAAAAAAAAAGACAAGGAAUUCAGCUACACAUUUGUUUAAUUUAGGAAAUAUGUUCCCAAGUAUACCACAAAUUAAAAAAGGGACAUGUCUUUUGUAUGUGAUCAUGUCUCAAUGUAAUCAAGGUAUGAAAUGAUUGUUAUUUUCAAAAUACAAUCAAUUAUUGGUUUUAGUUGUGGUGAAUCUGCAGCAUUAUUAUAAUGAUGUCCCGGCCCAUAACCAUCGACUCCGCGGCUGAAUCUAGUUGCCUUUGCCUGCAGUACUGUAACUAGCUCUCCACCUAGCUGUCGAGACAAGUUACUACGGAUAAUGCUGCUGUAGUGUCUUCAACCGAGCGCUAUGAAAACCGCCGCGCAAAUGUUGUUCUCUUCUGUAUCCAGCCAGCCUAUGCGUAGGGUUUCCUAGGAGGAGUAGGCCUAGCGACUUUAGUUAUGUAACCAAACCAAUAUCUGAAUACAGCGCAUGAUUGUUGACGGUUGUCGAGAGGAUAGGACAGUAUCACCAAUCUCUCUUAUCUUGUCUAAUAUAGGCUAAACGCAGUUCUGGGACGCGCACGCUCGUUCAAGUCUGACUGACUGACAGACAGAGAGGGACAAAGCGCUGGACAGUUGGGUCAAGAAAGCCUUUUGUUAUUUAAUCUCUGGACAAUACCUGUUCCCUUCCACCCUGGGUGCUGCCCCCCCCACCCCUCCCCCCUCACAUCUCUGAUGGACCAGAGAGCGAAGGGGGGCCCAUCUCUACCUCCACCAUCCUCACUGCCUCUCCUCCCCACAGCCCCACCACAGCAGUACCCAGAGAAAGAGGUAGGCGGUGGGACAAGGAAGAGGAUAGAGAAGGAAGGAGGUGGUGCAGUACUGGAGGUGCUCAUUGAGGGGUGCUGUGGUGCUGCAGGGCAGAGACAGCUCCCAUUCCCAGGCAGAGAGAGGAGCUGCACUGAGGGCAAUGUGAGGCUGAGGAUCGGAGUCCAAACGGCCAAACGCACCAAGAAACCCCCCAGGACCCUGGAGGGCUACGAGUGUAAACCCACCAUCAGGACGUAUCAGAGGCCUGGGAGGGGGAGUCAGGAGGGAGGGGGGAGUGGGCAGGGGAACCGUCCUCAGGAGGAGGGGGACAGAGAGCAGAACCAGGGGUCAGACCCUAGCACCACCCAGACCAGGAAGAUACACUCCUCCUCGCCUCCAUCUUCAUCAUCAUCAUCCCCUACAACCACCCCUCCCAGCCCAGCCAACCCUCAGACUGCGCCAGCCAAACAGCAGGUCCCUGUGAACCUGGGCUAUAAGAAGUCAGACACCCUAACGAAGAAACCAAGGCACCCUGACCCACCUGAUGCCCACAGCAAAUUACCUUCACCUGCCCAAAUGGACCAGGCAACCCCCUCUUACCCCACAGCUUCAUCCCCCCAUUCCCCCCCUCCCUCACCACCCCAUUCCCCCUUGGUAAAGGACCCUAGCGGUGAGGGAGGUAUGCUGAAUGGGGGAGUACCUACAGUCACCUGCCAUCCUACCAGACUCACAAAGGUCAAAGGUCGCAAACAGAACUGUUCUUCCUCAGCCGCCCCCAAUAAUGUGAACUCAACAACAAGACCUCCAGCCUCCAGCCCCCAUCAGGCUGACCUUGCAGCCCAGGACAGGACUACAGGCUUCAGCUGCCCUCCUACACCACCCCCAUCCACACCCCUACUUCUAGACCAGAGAGGAGCCCCAGUGGCUGAUGGGAGACUGAGUCCUGCUGCCUCCCUCACCAGCCUGAGCAGGGGCCCAUUACUACCGUCCUCUGUGGGAAAUGAGAGAGGGAAGGAGGAGAAAGCCAAGAAGAAGAAAGAGAAAGAUGACAAAGCGAGGGGUGAGAAAGGGAAGGGUAAGAGAGGGGAGAAGGGGAGAGGGAAGGAGGACAGAGGGAGGAAUGAGAGUCCAAAGAUGGACAGAGAUGAGAGAGGGAAGGAGGGAACUGGGAUGGAUGAGAGCUGGAGGGAUAUGACGGGGAAGGAGGAGAGAAAUGGGGACGAGGACAAGGAAAGAGAGAAGCUCAGAGACUUGAGGAUGAAUAAAUCGUCCUCUUCUACAAAGUGUCAGAUGUCUGAGGUUCAGAGCAGGAAGACAGGUACACCCAGCCCAGACCUGACCAGCGGAACAGGGGAAUCAGAUGAUACUGGUGCCCCCUCAAGACCCACCGUCUUUCCCUCCAACCCAUCCACUGCCUCCUCUCCCCUCACUUCCCUCCCUCCUCCCUCUCUCUCUGUCCACUCUUCCUCUCCUCCUACCUCCCCCCGAGAGCAGGACAGCCGUCCGCUGAAGAAGCGUAAGACCCGACGGCCAAGCUGGACCAGGCUGGUGAACCGGGCACAGAGACUGGCAGAGAACCCAGAUGGCCGCCAAGAUGCCCCCUUAGUUGCCCCACAGAACCCCACUACCCCCCAGACAUCCCCCACUACACCCCAGACACCCACAACUACCAACUCACCCAACCUUCGGUCAGCUGAGUCAUGCCUAGCCCCCUCCGUUCCCCCCACCCUCCAGUCUGUCCUCCCUCUCCCCCUCUACCUCCACCCCUGUGAGACCCAGACCAGCAGGGCGACCCCCAUCCCCCACCCAGUCUCACUUGUUGACCUCUGACCCUAGCC